AUGGAUCCCGCCGACUUUGAUCCCCGGAAUGCCGCCCAGAGCUCCGUCAUCUCUCCGGCCAACGUCCCCAUGUCCUCCUCCACCCCGCAGCCUCCACCGCAACCCCGCAGAGAUAUCCCGCGACACUACCAAUGCGUAUACCCCGUCUAUUUUGACAAGGCCCGGUCGCGCGUUGAGGGUAGGAAGGUCUCCAGGAAGCUCGCCGUCGCGAAUCCCCUCGCCAGAGACAUCCUCGAUGCCGUGCAGCUGCUAGGGCUCGAGGCCGGCUUCGAACCCGACAAAAUACACCCAAAGGAUUGGGCGAACCCGGGCCGCGUCCGCGUGCACCUGAAGCGCGAGGAUGGCCAACCAGUUAACGAGAAGGUGAAAAACAAGCAUCAUCUGUAUAUCUUCAUCGCAAACUACCUCCAAGUCAACCCCACCACCGAAAAGUCACCGUACCGCCUUCGCAUCCGUGGCCUUCCAACCCCCGAGAAGCCGCUCCCCCCGCCGUCUGCGCCGCGAGGCUGGAAGAUGGGGACUAUCCUGCCCUUUCACUCCCCGGCUUACAGCGGUGGCGGCGUGACCGACAACCCGUUUAAGGAGGCGAUGAUGGAGAUGCAGGCGCAACAGGGGAUAGCACCAAAUGGAGGUGAGGCGAAGAAGAAGAAAGAAAAGAGAAAGACGAGGGCGUGA